AUGAUGCGUAAAUCACCAACAAUUGCGUUGUUAUCUUGGUGGUUGUAUUGUGUGUGCCCGACGCAAGCGAUUAUCAAUAACGAGUUCGGAAAUCAAAGGAUUGUUGGAAGUGAAGGAAGUGAAUCCCAAUAUGAUGGAAUGGAUGGGAUCGCAUCAUUGAAAUCCGGGAAGGCAAAACAGGUGGCCGUAAAAAAUGUGAAUGCCAAUUACAAAGAGAUUUCUUUGAAGUAUGGAUAUAAUUAUCACGCACCAGCUUAUGAGCGAAUCUUCAACCAAGAGCGCUACGGAAAAUGGUCUGAGUGGUCUGAAUGUGACCAAAACGAAUGCGUUAUGCGUCGCCGCCGUGAAUGUACCGACGGCUCAUGGAAGCGAAUCAGUGCCGACGGGCACCCUUCAUCCAACUGCAUAAGCAGAUACUACGAAGAGACAAGGGCGUGCAAAAACAAGACGAUAUGCGCUCCGUAUGUCGGGUUACUGGACAACUGUGGUGUCCGACAAGAAGACUUGGGAAUAUCUUUCAAAGUCGUCGGGGGUGAAGCAUCCAGGCCAAAUGCAUGGCCAUGGGCGAUUCGGCUGACAACAAGAAAUACUGAAGGAGAUUUGGGGACCUUCUGCGGGGGAACAUUGAUCAACCGACAGUGGAUUGUUACUGCCGCACAUUGUUUCAGCCAAUUUAAUUGGAGGUUCCCUCAAGGAAAACUAGUUUCUCCGGACGACUACCUUGACAGUAGUGUAUACGCAUAUCUUGGUGAUCAUCGGACUAACGUAACAGAGAAAACUCAGCGAGAAUAUCGCAUCAAGGCUGUCAUCCAGUUUCCGCACUAUUCCCCAACUUAUCGCCAUCUUCGUCACGAUAUUGCGUUGGCGCAACUGGAAAAACCUGUUGAAAUGCUACCGGAGAUCAAUUAUGCAUGUCUACCAAAGGAAGAGGUUGAAUUGAAGAGUGGCACCGAUUGCUUCGGUGUCGGAUGGGGUCUUAUGUGGAAAGACGUGAAUGGCAACAGCAUUGUGCGACACGUAUCUUCGGGCAACUCAUCCAAACUGGAAGAUUCGGAUGAACACACAUUCCCUGAAAAGCCUUGGCCCCCUUACACCGAAACAGAGGCGGACGAAUUGCAGGAGGUCAAAUUAUCCGUUCGAAGCACCGCUGAGUGUACAAAAUAUGUAACUCAAUUUCUAAGUGGUUCACAAAUCUGUGCCGGUUAUAGAGGAAAGGGUACCUGUCACGGAGACAGUGGUGGAGGCCUAUUUUGCAAGCUACCAAACACCAACAAAUGGUUCAUUGCAGGUGUGACGAGUUCUACUAGCCUCAAAGGAUGUGGGUACGAUGUCGGUGUGUACAUGUCAGCUAUUGCCUAUCGGAGUUGGAUAUGGAAUACAAUCGAUGGAUCCAGUGUUCAGUAAUAUCUCGCAAAAUGGGGUAAACUACAGCAAUAUAGACCCAUGAGAGGAUGUACGUAGUGGAACUUUUGUGCCUUAUUUGUUCGAGUAGAUAAACAACUGAUAUUGC